UCCAGAUUCAGGGCUACCCCCUGGAACUUCGUGACGCUUCGCGUGUCCCCACCAGCUCCGUAGCCCUGGCUCAAGAAUUUGGCUCAACUUGGGCAGAGUACUUGGCUUCAGCUUGGUUGAUCUUUUUUCCAUAAUCUUGCAGACUUGUAGGUCGCACCAUAUUGAAUCUGAUCCAUCUGUGUUACUGCUGUUGCCGUGUACGCUAUCGGUGGGGUAAUGAAGUUUACUUCGUUAUUCUGGAAUUGCAGCUGUGAGAGUCUAAUACAGUCGAUGAGCACCCACGCUGCAAUCCGAUGGGCUGGUCUUAGCUGUGCCAUUUUGCUUUUGACAUGUGCCUCGUCGGGCAAUUGGAACUUGGCUUGCACACUCUGCAUCCCUACUGUUGCAGGUUUAUUGAUUGAUGCGUGGGUAGGCUACCAUAUUCGAGGCGCACGCGGUUAUUGCAUGUUCAGUCACAUUCGUGAUGUCCUUUGUAGUGUCGCCAAGGACGUGGCGUUUGUGUCUCAGAUAGUCGGCAUGCCGCUGUACAAUGCCUUUCCAUCUGUGAGAACGGACCGUUUGGAGAAAUCGCUCACACAACGCGUCGGGAGCGAUCCGCCACAAGCAGUGGGCAUUACUCCUGAGCAGGGCCCCGUUUGUACCAAGUCUGGCGACGACACCAGCGACACCGAUCAGCGGAGCGUGAUCAGCUGCUACAGCACAGACACACCUUCAGACCAUUUCGCGAACCAGGUCGGCGCCCGCGGCGCCUCGGCGGGCGUGGCCGCCCCAGCGCCCGAGGAGCCGCAGCCGCAGCCGCUGCCGCAGCCGCAGCCGCAGCCGCAGCCGCAGCCGCUCGGUGGCCGCUGCCGGCCCGCGUCGCCGACGAGGCACGAGCCUUCUGCCAGCAGCGGGGGCUCGGCGCCCCCCGCGGCCCACCCGCCGCUGGGAGGCGGGGUCGCAGCCGCAGAGGGCGCAGCGGGCCCUGAGGCCCGCCUGCCACACGCCGCCAGCGGAGGGGGCGCGGCGGCCCCUGUGGCCCAGCCGCCGCGCGAGGACGCAGCGGCCCCUGCGGCCCGCCUGCCACACGCCGCCAGCGGAGAGGGCGCGCCGCGGCGCGGGGGCGGUGCCAGCGGAGGCGGCGGCGCGUCAGCGGGCGCAGCCACGGCGGCCGCGCCGGCGGCCAGAGGGCCGCCGCGGGUUCUCGAGCUGCGGCGCCUCGAGGAAGCGCACACUGCGCCUGGCGACGUCUCUCCGCGGCUGCAGCCUCGUGCGGUCACCGACGGGGUCACGGCGCACCCCGAGUAUGGCGACGUCUCGCCUGGGCGUGGAGAGUGCCACCGCGAUCGUGAGCCCCAGCACCACGAUCCAGCACUCGGCGGGCGCACGCAUCUCCGUGCAGGUAUGGGCGACGCAGGCCGAGCACCUCGACCAGCGGACCGCACCGGACGCGGAGCUCCGCACCGUGAUCGACAGCAGAAGGGCUGUGGGCCCAGGCCCGGAGGGCAACCCGACCUCCGCACCCCGACUUUCGGAUCUCCGCCCAGCCCUGCAGCGGCCCCAGCGCUGGCGACGGCCCAGCACGAGCGCUGCCAGCUGGCCCAGCUGCCGCCGGGGCCCGUGCCAGGCAGCGGCCAGGAGAGCGCAGCGGCCCCCGCGGCCUGCCCGCCCCACGCCGCCAACGGCGAGGGUGCGGCGCCCCGCUCGCCGCUCGGAUCGGGAUGCUGCGCCAGGGCGGCUGCGCCAGCACUGCCGCCGGCUGUGCCGCCUGGGUCGUGGCGGCCGUCGGGAGCGUCAGGACCGUGUGGGCCGUCGCUGCCUGCGGGGCGCCUCUCUCGCGCAGAUCCCAGGACAGCGGCCGCAGUGUGCGGCGGCAGGUUCGGGGAGCUGCAGCAGGUCGGCACGGGCGUCGGGGCGUCGGCCGCCGCGGGCGCGGGGCUGCAGCAGGCCCACGAGGGCGCGUGGGCGCAGAUCGACGCGGGCGAGGGCACUGCGGUGCCGGCGGGCGGCUUGAAGGCGAGCGCGGAGGUGCAGUCGGGCGGUCUUGAGGCGGCGAACCCAGGCGUGCCUUUCCGGCGACUUCGUGUUCGCGGGCGUGACCGCACACAUCGUAACCGCCCUGCAGCCCCUCCCGUUUGCAUUUCGGCCGAGGGCGGAGAGAGCGCCUUCGUGCGGGUGGCAGGCUUUCUAAGCGGGGCGGCGCGACGGCGGUGGGCCGACCAGGACUUCGGGGACAACGGGCUCAUCGUGGAGGGCUUCGAGGAGGAGGAGGCGAGUCUCCGCGAGAUCGGCGGCACGGGCGGCGCCAGAGGGGGCAUUCAGGAGGCGUUCGACGCGGGCUUUCACGGUGUGCUCGACGAGCCCGCGCGCUGAGGCAGGAGUGAUUGCGAGCGUCUCUUUGGAGGCGUCGGGCCCCCCACACAUCUGGUGAAGAGGCGCUGGGCGCGGCGGGAGCCCUGUGAUGGGACCUUCAGAGGACCUCGGCGGGGUCGUGGCCAGCUUGCCAGUGCUGGCACGCCAUCGACAGGGGGCGGAUGACACCAGGAUGCCAAGUCCUGAGCGAAACGCUGCGGACUUGAGCCAACAUGGCUGCUGCUGCGGAGAGGAGGAGGAGGAGGAGGAGGAGGAGGAGGAGGAGGAGGAGGAGGUUUUGGGGGUGGAUGGGAGGAGGAGGCAUGGCUGGAGCGUGCAAUCACGUCGCAGUAUCAUCCUUGGCCGCCGAGCCAAUAUCAGUCUGAUUUGGCUAGCCUGCUGUCUUCAAGCUGCGCGCCAGGAAGGACGGAAUACUAACAGAUGUGUUUCGCCCCCGCACCCCUCCCUGUGUCCUCCUUCCCGUCACUCGUUUCCUCUCUCUCCUCCCCCUUUAUAUCGGUACGACUUGAUUCGCUUCUGCGUGAGGCUGAUUCGCCUCGCACUUUGAGGUUUGGUCUGCGGCCCGCUUGCGGCCUGUGCUGGCCCUGCCCGCGGCACGGCCGCGUCUCUGUACAUCCCCUGCACCCCCCUGUCCUGUGCUCCUCCCAGUUCGUCCUCCUCUUCCUUGUCCUCCUUGCCCCGCGUUCGCAUUCAGACGUUUCGGGAUGGGCUUCUUCGAGCGCUGUGUUUCGAACACGGGCACUCCCGUGCCGCUGCUUUUGGACGGGUUCCAGCCUGACCUCAACUUUUGCUCAGCUCGCCCCCGAGCCAGCUCGUCGACUUCUGUCGACCAGGUCGUACACGCACUCCCACGCUCAACAAAUGAGCGGAACAAUGCCGUCAUGCCCAUUGAGUGUGUGCAUUUAUUUAUUCAUUUAUAUAUAUAUAUAUAUAUGUAUAGAUCGAGUUCCUUUUCUGACUCUCUUCGCGCAUGGCGGCGUUUUUCGACUCUACGACUCGCAGCUUGCAUCGUUUCACUAUUUUUCAAGACACACCCAACCUCCAAAGUUGGUGGUUAGGGUUCGAGUGAAAUGUGGAUACGGAGGAGGGAGAGAGGACGUGGC